AUGGAUCCUAGGACAAAGGACCUGACCGUCCUACUGGAAAAAUCCGAUCUAACCGAUGAACAAAAAACCUUCACCCUGAACGUCAAUCUGUACGGGUCGAAGCCCCCGCCAGUGGACACCGUCUGGAGAGCAAUCGAGUCGCACGAUGUGAAAGUGAACACUUCUCUGCGGAGUAAGUGGACAGGACGUGAGAAGGAGGUGGACGGCAAGAUAAUUGGGGAUUCUAUUGACGACAUGUGGAAGGAUCUAUCUGCUUCAAGGGCUAGUGUGUUCAUCAUUGUCUCUGGAGACAGAGAUCUUGACGUUGCAGUGCAGAAAAUCACAGAAAAUGGAUUUCGGGUGCACAUUUGGUCUUGGGACAUUGGACUUGCCGCAGUAUAUAAGCGAAGGGAGGGUAGCGGUGUCCUAGUGCAUUACCUCGACAAUUUCAUCAACAGAAUUGGACUCAACCAUACCGUCUUCCGUAUCGACCGGAAUGCGAUCGACCUACACAGCCUCGUCGUUAUGGAUGCGCUAUCCGAGGCCGACGGAUCGAGGCAUUUCGUCCCGUUUACGGUUCCCGACCUAUAG